AUGAAGUGCUUCUGCCAGUUUCAGACCGCUUCGCUUAUCCUUCUCCUUGCCCGCUCCUGGAAGGUCAGCGGCUUGAACGUCCAGCAAGCACGUCAGACACAAGGAAAUGCUAUACUUGGACGCGUCCCGCCACCCAUUUCAUCUGUCGUUGUCGCGACCCAAACUGCCGUAGCUACAGGAGACUUCUCAACUUGGUACCUUUCAUAUCCAGAACUUACGGCAAACUCAGUCACCACUCAAGUCAUCGGUGGGACGAGCACUGUUCUACCUCUCUGGUACUGUGAUCCCUCAUUAAGUGCCGCCGCAUGUCAGGGCUGCCCCACUACCACGGUCUCGAUCGAUCCUCCCUGCCCUACGAACUAUAACAUGCUCUUGAUCGUUCCACCUGUCGUCUUGGUCGGAGUCUAUAUUCCUCCUCCUCCCGGGCUCCCAACUCUGAAGAUAGGGUCUGAUGGUGUUGCAACACCCGAGCCUACACAACCUCCUGAGCUCACAAAUACACCGUCAGAACCAUCAAGCACCUCGGAAGAACCCAUCACGGUCGAUGUUCCUUGCACGAUUCCUAGUAUCAAGGCUGCCGAGAGAGCCGUUUCGAUCGAUCCAACACCGCCCGAAUGGAUACCGCCAGCGGGAUCUCCAGCACCAGCACCAAGCGAGGUUUUGCCUGUUUUACCAAUUGGUAUAGAUCCAGACGACCCAAAAUUCUUGAAAGCUUGGGAUUACUGCGGACCAGGAGGAAAUCCAUACUUGCCCGGUGGCUUCUAUCAGUUCGGUAGCAGUUUCAGCCGAGACGACGGUCUUUGGGCCAUUGACCAGUUCUGUGGCGAAGCGAGAGACAAAUCGAUCCAAGUUGGCGAGAAGACCACUGACAUCCCAGAUGCAAUUGAGUUCUUCCAGAAAACAUACGACACUCCCGGCAAGAGUGGCAAGAUCAUCGUCACUUCGAACAAUGACAAGGACCAGAAGAAUCCUGUUGGAGUGGAAUGUCCAGCCAAGCAUGUUUAUAACUUCUCAAGAAGUUUUGUUCGAUGCAAACAAUUACUGGGGCAGACAAUUGACUACUGCGGUGAAAGCCCCAAGGCUAGCUCAGACAUUGAAGGGAAGAAUGGAGGAAGUCUCUUUGCAAACUGCAUCUACUUCACCAUUGAAAAGGCACCUUCGGGUAAAGAUUAG